AUGUCCGCUCCCGAACAGGCCGAGUUCACCUUCCUGCCCCUGGGUGCCAUCAUCCAGGAGUUCCGCGUUGGCGGCAAGAACAUCGUCCUGGGCUUCCCCACUCAAGACCACUAUGAGAAGUACAACACCCCGCACUACGGCGCCACGAUCGGUCGCGUCGCCAACCGUAUCAAGAACGGCCUCAUUCACAGCUUGAACGGUAAAGAGUACCAGCUCACGAAGAAUAAUGGUCCCAAUGCCCUGCACGGUGGUGAAAAGGGCUGGGGUAAGCGCGUGUUCGAUGGACCCCACCACGUCAAGCGUCAUGGCCGCGACGCUCUGCUUUUCAAGUACCGCCACGUCGAUGGGGAGGAGGGAUACCCCGGUACCGUCGAGGUGCGCGUCUGGUACACCGCCAGUAAGGAGGGCGAGGCCAAGACGGUCCUGACGGCUGAGUACGAGGUGGAGUUUGUCGGUGAUGAGUGCGAGGAGACGGCUGUCAACAUCACCAACCACAGCUACUUCAACAUCGGCGACGGCCCCACCAUCUCUGGCACCACCGCCCAGCUGGCUACCCGGGAAUACCUGCCCCUAGACGACACCGGCAUCCCGCAUGGCAAGAUUGAUAAGUUCCCCCGCGAGGUCACCGAGCCCUUCGAGCUGACCGCAACGGGUGCGCACAUCGACGACGUCUUCGUCAUGGAGACCGACCCGUCCAAGAUCCCGCUCGACACGCGCGGCCUGCCCGUGCGCCGGCUGGCUCAGUUCAGCAACGCAAACACCGGUCUGCACCUCGAGGUACACAGCACCGAGCCCGCGUUCCAGUUCUACACCGGCAAGUACAUCGACGUGCCGGCGAUCGAUGGUGCCCCGGCGCACACCGAGGGCGCCGGGUUCUGCGUUGAGCCCAGUCGUUACGUGAAUGCGAUCAACGAGCCCGAGUGGCGCAACAUGGUGCUCUUGAAAAAGGGUCAGGUCUUUGGCUGCAAGAAUGUGUACAAGGCUUGGAAGGAGUAA